AUGGCAGCGAAUGUGCAUGAUGAAGUGGUGGAACCAGAAGCGCGAGGCUUCACAGCAUCUGAAUUUCAAAAUUUCUUUCGAAUGAUGGCGCAUUUUUCGAGUUUGCAAGACACCAGCGCUCUCGCUACAACUGCUCCUUUGACGACGCAAAAUUACGACUCAUGGUCAAAAUCGGUGAAGAUUUCGCUCAAAACAAAGAACAAGCUACGAUUCAUCGAUGGAUCAUUGCCAAAGCCAGAAGAGAACGAUCACACGUUUGAAGCUUGGGAUCGAUGCAAUUCCUUGGUGCUCUCAUGGCUACAUGGAUCGCUAAGUCCUGAGAUUCUUCACAGCGUCCUCUGGUGCGACAAUGCAUGUGAACUCUGGAGAGACCUCAAGCACCGCUUCUACGAGGGAGACCUCUUCAGAAUUGCUGAUCUUCAAGAAGAUUUGUUCACUGCAAAACAAGGAGUAAUUAGAGAAUAUAGAUCUCAAACACAUGUAAUAUGCUUUCUUAGAGGGCUCAAUGAACAAUAUGCUAGUGUAAAGUCACAAGUGAUGCUGAUGAAACCUCUCCUCGAUAUUGCCGUAGCAUUCUUUAUGCUUUUGCAACAAGAAAGGCAAAUGUCACAUACGACAGACCUAGAACCAAGAGCAAUAAUGAAUAACAUUAGCACCGAUGCUAAUGCAAAUGCCUUUGACACUUAUCAAAGGAACAAUGGUAACUAUAAUGGAGCCAAUGCGGGAUCGAAUAAUAGAGGAAGGGGAGAGGGCGUAGAGGCAGAGGAAGAGGUCGAAGCACUCCAAAAUUCUGCUCACACUGUGGCAAAUCAAGUCACCUAG